UUUUCAGUGAUAUCGUUUUCACAACUUCUGAUCAGCACUUUUAUCGCGUAACAAAGCGUACGCCUUUGGUAGAGAGCAAUCCCCGUUUACCAACAGCAACAUUUAACUAACUAAAAAGUUUGGAAGCAGGAGCAAGAUGUCACUGAUGUCGGUCCGAAGGUUUCUUACUGCAUUUAGUACAACCAAGCCUUUGUUUUCAUGUUUGUAUACCACGCAAAACUCGACAGUAGAAACCAUUUUUGCUUUGUCAUCUGGGAAAGGACGAGCGGGAGUCAGUGUGAUCCGCGUAAGCGGUCCACAGGUUUGCACUGUGCUGUCACAGAUGAUCACGAAGAAACCUAUCAGCACAAUCCGUCCUCGAACGGCUUACCUGCGCAUGAUCUCUCAUCCUGUGAGCCACGAGCCUCUGGAUAACGGAGUUGUAAUGUACUUCAAAGGUCCGCACAGUUUUACAGGCGAAGAUGUUGCGGAGUUCCAUGUCCACGGUGGAACGGCGGUAAUCAGAGGAGUUCUCAGUGCCUUGAGCACAUUUCCACGAGUUCGGCCAGCGGAAGCGGGCGAAUUUACAAAAAGAGCGUUUCUCAAUGGAAAAAUGGAUUUGACCGAGGCGGAAGGUGUGGCGGACUUGAUCCAGGCUGAAACUGAGGCGCAGCGCAAACAGGCUUUACGCCAGAUGAAUGGGGCUCUUUUGACAAGCUAUGCUAAUUGGCGAGAACGAUUACUUCAGGCUGUGGCAUUCUUAGAAGCGCAUAUUGACUUCGGAGAGGAGGAAGAGCUGGAGCCAGAUAUCAUCGAAAAAGUGAAGGGUAUGGUGAGUGUGGUGGAACACGAGCUCUUGUCCCAUUUAAAUGAUCACCGGAAAGGCGAAAGAUUGAGGAAUGGAGUCUCCAUAACAAUUGUCGGCAAGCCCAACGUCGGAAAAAGCAGCCUUUUGAAUUUUCUUUGCCAAAGGCCGGCGGCCAUAGUUUCUCCAUUACCGGGAACCACUCGGGAUAUUAUAGAAACUGCGUUGGAUUUGGCGGGUUAUCCGGUAUUAUUAUCGGAUACUGCCGGACUGCGUGAGACAGCCGAUAUUGUUGAAAGCGAGGGCGUGCGCCGUGCCCUCCGCCGUGCUGAAGAGGCUGAUCUUCUGAUCCUCGUAAUACAGGCGGAUGAGAUCCCUUUGGAUGGGAAACUAUCCGGUUUAAUGGACGAUGCCGGGAGUAAAGCUGCUUUGAUAUCCUUUGGAUUAAACGCUCCACAAAAUCAGAAAGUUAUGGUGAUUGUUAAUAAGUGUGAUCUCUUACCUGAAGAAACUGCGUACAGUCUGGCCCAGUCCUUUCCCAGUGCGUCGUUCAUUUCCUGCACCAGUGCUAUGGGAAUUGAUGGAUUUCUGGAAAAGUUGAGUAACGUUGUGGCGGAAUUAUGCGGCAAUCCGAGUGUCGGCGAGGCAAGUCUCACACAGCAGAGACACAGGGUGAAUUUGGAGCAGUGUGCGCAGCGGUUGCGUCGCUUUUGGGAAUUGAUGGCCAUUGAUGAUGUAACCUUGUGCGCCCACGAAUUACAGCAGGCGCUGAUCUGCAUCGGCAAAGUAACGGGGAAAAUUCGUUCCGAGGAGAUUUUGGAUGUUAUUUUUCGCGAUUUCUGUAUAGGAAAAUAAUUUGGGAGCUAGCUACAUAAUGAUUUUUUAAGAUUAAGAUUUCGUUAUUCUUAAUUUGUACUAAAUUUUUUCUUGUACAUUGUUUAUAUCGGUUGUUUAUUGUUUUAUCGCAGUAGUGUUUGCAUCCACAAAAUGUAGGAUGUUAAAUUGUUGGAGUUAAGAGUAAGAAAGAAUAGUGAUCAUACAUCAGCUUACUCUGUUUCGCAGUUUGUUGCAUGUUUUUCACAGUCUUCGUGAACGGUUCCAUCAAUGUAAACAGAUUUAUUACCGCACUUUUCGUGACAGCCUUGUUUUCGCGAGAAAGUAUCGUAAAGA